AACCCUUCUUCUCUUCUCAUCUCUUCUAUCAGCAAACCCUCCAUUAAACCCUUCUCUCUUUCUCAUUUGAUUUACUAAAAGAAAACCACUACUCGGUGUUUGCUUUUGUAGCAGCAGAUUUCAUUUGGAAGUUGAUGAAGAGCAACCAACUUGAGGAAGAGCUGGUUCCUGGGAGCACUCAAUACUUCGGUUUAUUUCGUUACAAACUGAAUCUAGUAUGAGAAGGUCAUGAAGGCACUACUUUUACAGUCCAAUCGAAGUAUGCUUACAUUAGUCUCAACACGAAUAUUAUUCUCUGUCCGAGCUCCUCCACAUUUAAGGAAGUUAUCCUGGAUUUCUCAAACAACAAGGUUCCACACUAGUCUACCAUGUCAGAGCAGUUACGAUAGGGAGAGUGGGCCACUUACUCUUACCAGCCUUGGAUUCAGGGGUCAAGAACUUGAAGCAACUGAAAAUAAGGAUACAACACUUGAAACAACCGGAAAAAGAAAUAGAACCUAUAAAAAUGAAAAACCUAGUUCUGUUUCCAGUGAAGCUCCUAAAAUUAUACCAAAAGCAGUUACUGGUGCAAUCAAACCUGUGAAGGUGAAAGCUCCACUUAAAAUAGAUUCUACCCUAUUUUCCGCAAAAACUUUUUCAGAGCUGAAUCUCCCGUCGAUGCUGAUCGCGCGCUUAGAAAGAGUGGGCCUUACGGUCCCAACUGAUGUUCAAUCCACAGCUAUUCCCACAAUUUUGCAAAAUCAUGAUGUCGUAAUUCAAUCCUACACGGGAUCAGGGAAGACUUUAGCUUAUCUUCUACCCAUACUUUGUGAAGUGGGUCCAUUCGCGAACAAGCUUUCUGGGGAAGAGGAUCCUGACAAGAGAAUUGGUGUAGAAGCAGUUAUAGUAGCACCUUCAAGGGAACUAGGAAUGCAAAUUGUAAGAGAGUUUGAGAAAAUCUUAGGGCCUGAAGAUAAGAAACUAGUUCAGCAACUUGUUGGGGGUGCAAACAAGUCAAGACAGGAAGAAGCUCUGAGGAAAAAUAAACCUUCCUUUGUUGUCGGCACUCCUGGAAGGAUUGCUGAAAUCAGUGCAACAGGGAAGCUUCACACACACAACUGUCGAUUCCUUGUAUUGGAUGAAGUUGAUGAACUUCUUUCGUUUAAUUUUCGUGAGGACAUGCAUAGGAUAUUGGAGCAUGUUGGAAGAAGGCCUGGCGCUGAACCACACAACAAAGCUAAGGGGCCACUUGUGCGGCGUACUGAACGUCGGACAAUUUUGGUCUCAGCUACUGUACCAUUUUCUGUCAUUAGGGCUGCUAGUAGUUGGGGACGUGACCCAGUUCUCGUUCGAGCGAAAACCGUUGUGCCACUUGAAUCUGUUCCUGCUGCUGGACCAGAUACGUUAUCGAAAAAUCCUACCAAUUCUUCAAGCACAAUCACUCAAGGAGCAGCUGACAGCUUGCCUCCAGGUUUGAAGCACUACUACUGUGUCUCAAAAUUACAACAUAAGGUGGAUAGCUUAAGGAGAUGUGUCCAUGCACUUGAUGCCAGAUCUGUGAUAGCCUUUAUGAAUCACACUAAACGUUUAAAAGAUGCAGUAUUCAAACUUGAAGCUCGUGGAAUUACGGCCGCUGAGUUGCAUGGAGAUUUAGGUAAGUUAGCCAGGUCAACAACUUUGAAGAAGUUCAAGAACGGGGAACUGAGAGUUCUGGUCACAAAUGAGUUAUCAGCUAGGGGUUUGGAUGUGGCGCAAUGUGAUCUAGUGGUGAAUCUCGACCUGCCCACCGACUCAAUUCACUAUGCGCAUCGAGCUGGACGUGCAGGUCGACUUGGUCGAAAAGGUUCUGUUGUUUCAAUGUGCGAAGAGUCAGAGGUGUUCAUUAUGAAAAAACUGCAUAAACAGCUCGGAAUCCCUAUUCAAAAAUGUGACUUUCCAGAGGGCAAGCUCAGUGUAUUUAAAGAAGAAACCAUAAAAGAGAUGAGUUCAGAAGCAGCAGCAAGGUAACACAUAUAGACUCCCUAUUGCUUUCAUUUUCUCGCAAAAUUCCCUUAGAAUCACUUGAGAGAUCCAUCUUGUUAUUCCGUUCGUGUUCUACAUACUUUAUCUGCCUAGAUGGUAUCUAUGUUCUUUUAACGAUCACUAUUUUGUAUACAUAUACUGAGUAGUUAUGUACUUAAAUAUGCCAACACUACUCAUUCUCUAGAGUCUCAGGACAAACCACUAAGAUAAUCAUUUGAAAUCUUGACGUUGUCAGACCAAACAUAAUAGAAUAUCUGAAAUCUGAUAGUUCAUUUACUCUUAGUGUAAAUCACCUUACGAGACCUUGGUCGUUUAUCCUCCAAAGACUUCCACGGAAACAUCUUCAUUGCAAGGAUAAACUUAAUUUUGGCCCUUGCACUCGAGAAAGGAAAUGAGAAACUGCUCCAGGAAAGGAAGGAGAUUGUGAAAGGUUAGAAAGACAUCUUCUAAGAUGAUAAAUAUGUUGCAUGUUUUAAAGAAAAUUGAUAAUGAGAUUUUUUUGUUUUUGUGGGUAAUCAACA